AUGAUAUAUGGUUGGUUACUUAACUUUGAUAUAGUACCAAACUCAAUUUCUGAGAAAAACAAUAUUUCAUUGGAAAACUGCAGAGUAAAUUAUUGGACUCGGCAUAAUACUGAAUGCAUGGAUGGGUGUAGUAUGGUGGGGGAGCUGAGGUAUGGACCAAACUAUCUAAGCAGUAAUACAUUACAAGAGUUUCCUUAUUCUGUUGGAAUAAAUUGCAAAAUACCAAGUUUUGGGACUUUUUUUGAAAAAAAGUUCCAAAAAGAGGACUAUUGGAUUAAAAUGGACGUUUGUACGAAUAUGAUACAAAGCCUAAUAGAUGAAGUAGUAAUUGAGUUAAAAUAUGAUUCCAGAAAAUUCUUUAAGAAUUCGGUACCUAUUAACAGUAUUGAUAGUAAUCAAAAUAUAAUUGACUCAACUUACAUUGGAGCUUAUCAUAUGAACAAUAUUGGAGAGAUUUUAAGAUACAAACAUAUAUUCUACAAGUAUGUCAAGUACUCUUUAAUAAUUGAUUUACUGCUAAUUUGCUUGCUUGCAUUAAACUCAAUAAUUUAUAAAUAUAGGUUAGUAAAAAUCAAUAAAAUAAGAGUGGAAGAUCAAAUCAUUGCGAAAAAGGUUGAUAAAUAG